CUCGAGAAUGACGUGACGUGCACAAUGCACAUACAGUACGAAAUCAUCAACAUUCAAAAUUGUCUUGAUUUAUUUCCUUUUUACGAUUGUUGAAAGCUUUCAUCAUUUGGCUUCACAGACUUGGUACGAUAUGCCACUAAUGGUGGAUAUAGGCGAAGACGCUUUACAGAAUGGUGAUUCACCAAAACAUAAGGAGGAACAAUCAGAAUAUCAGCUUCUUAAAGAAAGUGGAGCUUUCCAAAAUCCAAAGGUCAGACGAGAGUUGCUGCCAAAAACUAGAGAGAAGUCAUCGAUUAGGAAUCUUUUCAGUUUCCUGAAGACUGUGAUUGGAAAAGAUUUAACGAAAGUAACAAUGCCAGUGUGUUUUAAUGAACCAAUAUCAUUUCUACAAAGGCUAUGUGAAGAUCUUGCGUAUGCGGACUUGCUCACGAAAGCUGCAGAGUGCGGGGAUUCGGUGGAAAGACUGGCGUAUAUUGCAGCUUUUAUGGUGUCAUCCUAUUCCACUGUACCCGGAAGAUUUUGGAAACCAUUUAAUCCACUACUUGGGGAAACAUUUGAAUACAUCAACGAGGAACAUGGAUACUCUGUUAUCGCAGAGCAGGUAUCGCACCAUCCGCCUGUUUCAGUUCUCCACGCAGAAUCAUUGGAUUGGGUAUUCUGGCAGGAAUAUAAACUGGAUACAAAAUUCAGAGGACAGUAUGUCAAGGUUUGCCCCACAGGCAGUGUACAUUUCAAGUUAAAGAAAUCUGGAGAUCAUUAUAGCUGGAAAAAGCCUAAUACAAUAAUUCACAACAUCAUGUUUGGCACGCUUUGGGCAGAACACGAUGGUGAGGUUGUUAUAACUAAUCAUCAGACGAACGAAGCUUGUAGGAUUCAUUUUCAAACGCACAAACGGGUUCGAGAGAACUACAAAAUUGUGACAGGCGAAAUUCGAGAUUCAAAAGGUCACAUUUGUCUGCUAUUAGAUGGGAAUUAUGAAGAGAAAAUGGAAUACACGUCAGUUAACAAAGGUUUGGAUUCAGCUCCUAUUCCGUUGUGGAAAGUGGCACCGAAACCUGAGAUAUCUUCACGAAUGUACGGUUUUACAACUUUUGCUAUGCAACUCAAUGAACCAGACGAAGAUGUUCAGUGUCCGACGGAUUGCAGAAAAAGACCGGAUAUACGACGAUUAGAGGAAGGGAAUAUUGAAGAAGCUGCGCGGGAAAAAUGCAGGCUAGAAAACAAACAGCGACAAGCAAGGAAAGAUAGGGAAAUAGAGGAGAAACAAUGGUCACCAAGGUGGUUUAAAUUACUAGAAGAUGCAGAUUCAAAAACCCCUUGUCAUAUGUACCAAGGUGGAUACUGGAGAUCAAAAUACAAUGACUGUUUCGAAGAUAUGGCAGAUAUAUAUUGAAAAUCUUGGAUGAAAUAAUGUUUAGCCUACGUUAUCGCUAUUUUUUGGCUAUGUGAUAGCUAUUAGUAUUUAAGAAAAAUGCAGUUAUUUAUGUUAUACAAUUGGUUCGAAAUUAUUUAUAUAUAUAUAGUCGCCAUUAUUGAAGGGAAUACAAAAGUAAUUAAUUUUAAAUGGAGCAAACGAUAUAUUUUCAUGAUCGAUAGCUCACGGUGAACCGAGUUUCCCCUUUCACGACACGAGAGCAAAUCUAAACGACGUACAUUUAUAUAUUUUAACAUCUAUCUCUGUCAAAUAGUAACACACUUUUAGGUUAUGAUGCUGUUAUACCUCAGGGUUAGUACGAGAACCUUUCUGCUGGCAGAAAACGUUGUUCCACGUUAAUUAUAACUUAUUAUAAGCCUGAAAAUCUGUUUUAAGUUCAUCUCAAAAGUUUGCUUAAUGCGUGUAAUAUAUGCUUUGAAAUAAAUUUGUUGUUUGACGA